UGGGUCUCGGUAUCCUAUUACUAGAGUUCUCAAACUUGAAACAGUGCUCUGUUUUGCCAGUACACGCACAUGGCAGCUGACAAAGCUAAUCUUCUCGAACUAGAAAUAGAUGUGCAGCAAUGACGUCACAGGAACUUAAAUCACUUACUGAACCAAAUGACAGCAACAGCAACAGCAAAUCUGAGAACGACUCAAAUAAAAGGGUUCUUGAAGUGAAUGACGAUGACAUCACUUCCUGUGGUGUCGGACGUUGCCGACCGAAGAGACUGGCGUGGUUGGCGAAUAUUAACACUUUCACUUUCGUUUUCUCUCUGUCGCUGAUGCCUCUGACAGCGAUGGAAGUGUACAUUGGGUCUCAGAUUUCCUCAAUAGAGAAACAAUUCGGUCUAAACAGCACCACAAUUGGAGCUCUCAUUGGUUGUUUUGAGUUGGGCUUUCUCGUUACCGUGUUGCCAUUCGGACAUUUUGGUCAACGUGGUCACAUACCCAGAAUUCUCUCCCUUACCGCCAUUCUCGGCGGCAUAUCCGGAAUACUGGUGAGUGCGUGUAAUUUCAUGAAACCUGCGACGUUACCCGUCUUCGACGCCAAUGCAUCAGCCAGCGGCGGUUUCUCAGAUGCGCCUCUCUGUACUGGCAGGAACUAUUCUCAGAUGGGUAAUAUGUCAUCAUUGGAUAUUUGUUCAGAUACGUCACGUGAUCAGUCAAACGACCAAUGGGUGGCUGUCUUACUAGGAAUGAUAAUUGCGCUGCUGGGUGUGGCCAGAUCACCUUCGAUGUCACUUUCCAUGGCUUUCGUUGACGACAAUGUAUCUCACUCUUCCAAGACAAGUUUGUAUCUUGGAAUCAUUUUCACAGUUAGUGUCAUCGGACCGGCCGUGGCGAUGUCUGUGGGCGGAGCGGUAGCACGGAUACCAGUUGAUCUUAACACUUCACUGCUGCAGCCUGAACACCACAAAUGGAUUGGUGCUUGGUGGUUGGGGUUUCUUAUCUUCGGAGGGGUGUCUGUCUGCACGGCCGUCCCCAUGUUUUUCUUCCCUCGCAAGCUGAAAGGACGACGUGUGAAGGAGGAAAUCAAACUACAAAACCGGUCGCUGCACCAUGCGUUUAUAGACUUGAUGAAAUCACUAAGAAACCUCUUCUGCAACCCGGUCUUCAUGCUACUCCUGGCUACAAGCUGCUCGUUCUUGUUUAUCAUCGAGGGAGAGGUGAUAUUUGCAUCAAAAUAUGUCGAACAUCAGUUCAUGAUUCCUUCUUACAAGGCAAGUUUUAUUUUAGGUAUUGAACAGUUUGUGUCGGCCGUGGUGGGGAACAUCGCUGGUGGGCUCAUCACGUACAAGCUCAAGUUGACGAGACUGGGCUGUCUCAAACUCGUCUUCAUCGUCCUCACAGUGUCCACUGCCAUCUUCGUUAUAGAGAUCUUCCUCGGCUGUGACAAUCCGCACAUUGUCGGCAUACCUCCAUACAGCAACAACAAUCUAUCGUCGUGUCUGUGUGACGUCACGUCUUAUUACCCUAUUUGUGGCAAUGAUGGCGUGUCAUACUUUUCACCUUGCGUAGCUGGAUGCAAGCAGCAAACCGGAACGACUUUCACCAACUGUUCGCUGAUCUCAGGUGGGCUGGCGGAUGCUGGGAUCUGUGAGACUGGCUGCUCGUUCCUGUACUACUACAUGGCCACUGAUCUCGCGGUCAUACUGAUAGCCACCAUGUGCAUGACUCCACUCGGGAUCUGCUUCAUGAGAACUGUUGACGACUGCGAUAAGUCUCUGUCACUGGCGCUGAACUCGUUCUUAAAUUCGUUGCUAGGAUUUUUGCCGGCGCCCAUUCUGUACGGGAUGGUUGUGGACAGCGCGUGCAAGGUGUGGCACACCACGUGCGGAGUGGCCAACGAGUGCGCGCUCUAUGACAUCGAGAAGCUCAGAACGAGGCUCAAGUGUCUGUCUACAAUAGGACAGUGUGUGGGUAGCGCGCUUGUCCUGGCGGCGUUCCUGGUUUUACGCAGAAAAGACGGCGCUAAGUCUAGGCGCACACCUGACGUGGACACGGCGGACAAAGGUCUUGACGUCGACACGGCGGAAGAACGUGAGAAGUUACAAGAGCCCGGAGAGAGCGUUUUAAAAACGUAAAUGAAAAGAUAAAUUUAUCUUUUCAUUGUCGUGUUUUUGAGGUUUACAUGAUAUGCAUUAUUUGUAUAAAUAAUCGUAACCGUUCGCGACGGGUGGGGGCACAAGGGCAACUGCACUACCCCCGUGCUGGGGGAAAAUUCUCAGGAAAAAAACCGAUUGAAAUGUUCAGUAAAAAUUGAGUUUGUUUGAAACCUUUUCACCAUGUAUUUCCAUCAUUCUAACCACAAUAUUAGUAAUUCAUGUAAAUAUGCGUAGUUAUUCAUUUGCAACCAGCCAUAUUUGGUAGUAAUGCUAAUCUGAAUAAAUAUUGUUAUCCAGAUUCGGGCAUUUUCGUUAAAUUCGGACACAAAUCAGCCUGUCCCUCUUACAACCAUGGGAGCCCGUACUUCUGUGAACGUAAAUUAUCUUUUGGUUGCUGUGUUUCCUACGUUUACAUGAUGGUCCUUACUUGUAUAAAUAAUUAUUGUAUUUACAAUGUUGGAGUAAACACAUUUUUAAGUUUACAAACUGAAAAAUUGUCGCCAAAUCAGCGUCAAAUACUCCCAUCCAUUCCCUAGUUACCAUUAGUAAUAAUUAUUAUGAAUUAUUGACCAUCAUCUCGGUGUAGAUAGUAAACAUACUCAUUUAUUCUGACUUUAACGUCUUUGACGCAUGGCACACCAGAUACACAAUUUAAGAUUAAUAACCUGUAUGAACUGUUAAUAACAGUAAUAUUACUUAUCGCUACUUAGAUUAAUCUAGACAAAAGACUACCAACUGUCACAACAGAGUUGGACAACUCGGCAAUCUCUCGUUCAUUCAUUUCAACUUAUGUUAGUGCUUAUAUCCAAUUAAGGUUCAAGCACG